UCCAAUCUCUUUCUCUGAUCCAAGCUUUAGGGUUCUCUUCUCUCUUUUCUUAUCUACAUGGAGAACGCCAAAGAAUCUAACCAUGGCAACAAACCCAACGAAGAAAACCCUAACUCCGAGUCCGAACCGAAACCCGAAUCCAUCCCCUCAUCUCGACAGCCUUCCCGUGCGCCCUUCACCAGCCUCAGCCAAGUUGAUGCCGAUCUGGCCCUCGCCCGUACACUUCAAGAACAGGAAAGGGCGUAUAUGAUGCUUAGAAUGAAUGGCAGUGAUGGAAGCGGUUAUGGAAGUUCUGAUAGUGGUGGUUAUGUUUAUGAAGAUGAAGCUGGUGAUGAUCCGAAUGAUGAUGGGAAUGAUGCUGGGAGCAUUGAUGAUGGUGAAGAUGCAUUCGAUAUGCAUGGACGGGCCCCGAGUGAGGAUGAAUUGGGUGUGGAGAUCGACCCAUCAGCGUUUGAUAGUGAUGAGCAUAUGCGAGGGCCCUUCAGGAUGCAGAGGAACGAGAAGUUUUUUGCUUGA